AUGUCUACUUUACAUUUGAAUGCUAAAGAUUAUUGGAAUAAAGAGAUGAACCAAUGGAAUGUAAACGACUGGGAUAUCUACAUACUCAAGCAAGACCCGAAAAUCACGAAAAUGCAGUCUCAUAAGUUGUUGAGUGCUGAGCUUAAACGUAUGAAACUAAAAUUUACGAGUGAUCAUCCUGUUUACCAGCGUAUCGAAAAAAUUCAAUAUAUGCUAAAGCGAAUCCAAAAGGAUAAAUUCAAUCUUAGAAUAUGGAGGGAUCUAAAAGAAAUGAAUGAAAAGAAAGGAAAGUUGGAAAGAAAAAGAAACCUAUUUGCAACACCAAACUUCGAACGAAAUCCUGCCCCUCUAACCUCGCCCGGCUUUCGUUAG